UGAGAUGACACUUUAUCAGCUGACUCAAUUUAGUCAAAAAUUUCGUGUGACAGAAAAAUGAAUCUUUGUGUUGUUGGAGGUGGAGUUGUUGGACUCACGACAGCUUUGGAGCUGCAGAAAGAGUUCCGAAAUGCCAAUAUCACGAUUGUAGCGGAAAAAUUGCUGAAAGACACCACGAGUGACGUUGCUGCGGGCAUUUUUCGACCUGGAUUGAGCUUUUCGGGACCGACAGAGGAGAUAACGAGCAAAUGGUUAUAUGACGCCUAUCAUCAUUGGGAUGCAAUUCGGAACAGUUCGGAUGCAAGUCUCGCUGGCGUGACUGAAUUAUCCGGGUAUAUUUUCUCAAACCGGGGAAAGGCAAUCACCAAAAAUCAUUUUAUGGAGAAACUUUGUCCGAAAUAUCGCGAUGUCACGGAGGAAGAAUUGGAAUUAUGUGCUGGCGAUUGGAAAUUUGGAUCAUUUUUCACCACGUUGCUCACUGAUUGCAGUCUUUACUUGCCCUACGCCCUUCAAAAGUUCAAAAAUCACGGAGGAUUGAUGCAACAAACGAAACUCGAGUCAUUUUCCGAGUUGAAGGACAAAAAUUACGACGUAAUUGUCAAUUGCACGGGUCUCGGAUCGAAAUAUCUCUGCAACGAUUACAAACUUGUGCCGAUUCGCGGACAAGUUUUCAAAGUUCAAGCGCCUUGGGUGAAAAUGGCCUUUUUCGGAGACUACGAUACGUACAUUAUUCCCGGUUUUCGUAGCGUCACGCUCGGCGGUUGUCGCAAUUUUGACAGUUAUGACGAUUCGUGGUCCAAAUACGAUUCCGCUGCCAUCAGGGAACGUUGCGAAGGGAUGUUACCGAGUCUGAAAAAGGCAAAAGUCGUGGCAGAACGAGUUGGAUUGCGACCACAUCGGGAUCCAGUAAGAGUAGAAAUUGAAUUUAAAUCCGAAACGAGCGACGGAAAGCUACAAAAAAUCGUUCACAAUUACGGACAUGGCGGAUAUGGAGUUUUGAGUGCACCGGGAACGUCAAUUCACGCGGUAAAAUUAGUCGGAGAUGUGCUCAAAGGGCAUAGUAAACUUUAAACAAGAGUGUUCUUUUUAAAUAAAAUUGAUUAAUGAAAUAAAAUAA